CCUUCGUGUAUUCGUCUUCAACACUCUGUAAACCUAAUGGCUUUCCUCCCUUCUCCCCGAAACUACGGCUUCCCUUUCUUCUUUUCUCCACCACCUCCCAAGGUGUCUCCAUUCAGGGCACCGCCGCCAUCUCCAAAGGUGUCUCCUUUUACGCCUCCGCCACCAUCACCUUCGAAGCAAGCACCACCGCCACCACCUCGUCGUAGCCCUCCACCUCCGUCACCUUCAAAGCAAGCACCGCCGCCGCCACCACGCCGCAGCCCCCCGCCACCUUCACCCUCAAAGCAAGCACCCCCACCGCCACCCUCCCCUUCAAAGAAAGCUCCCCCACCGCCACCAAAGAAGAUGGCCCCGCCUCCACCAAAACUGUCGCCGCCACCACCACCUCGAACCCCUGUCCAUCCUCCACCAGCCCCAGUGGCACCACUGCCACCAGCACCACCCCACAUCCCCCCACCGUCGCCUCCACCACCAAGCCCGCACCACACCGUAAUCAUCGUCGUGUUCGUUUCCCUUGGCGGCCUCUUCUUCCUCGCAUUCCUCGCGGCGGCCCUCUGUUGCUGCCUCAAGAAGAAGAAAAAGAAGAUGGCCGCCAAGGCGGAGGUCGUGGACGUCGAGGACCACGUGCACAUCCAUGAGACUGUCGUUCCAGGACCCCAUGGCGAACAACUGGUGGCCCUGUCGAUCGACGAAGACAUCAAAGUCCACGAGGUGAUCAAGAAGGGUGAAUUGAUCGGCGAGACCUCAAUCAGGGAACCUGCACUGGAACGACCUCAUCCAAACGACGAAGCCACUGCAGGUUCUUCCGGAACCAUUCACCGGAACCUUGUUGAACACAGAAAUCAGUAGGCGACUGACGGUGAGAAGUGCGACUGAUUCGCCAAUAAGGACAUGCUCGUGUGGAGUGAAGCUGUUCGAUGUGGUUACUGUUGUGUUCAUUGUCAUAUGUUGUGUUUAUUGUGAUUCCUUUAUGUCCAUAUCAUCUGGCAAAUUAUUCUAAUGUUAUAUCAUUUAUUA